AUGCAAGAUCCCCGCCAAACGGAAAAAGAGCACGGCGGCGAAGAAAGAGGCCAGGUAGAGGCAGAACAUGACAAUCACUCGCUGGGGACACUGCUGACUGCUUCUAACAGCGAGUCGGCGGAUAGAUCGGCCAUCGACCCGGAGUUGUCUCCCAGCGUCCAGAGCGAUACCCUCCCCCGCCGCGAGUCCACCAACCCUAGCUAUGAUCCGAAAUCAAUCGGAAUCAAUGUCCCGUCUGGUAUGCCCGAGACCGAAGUGUCCGAGGCGUAUGCCGCGCAACAGAAGCUGCACAACGGCACGUGGGUGCAAUACAUGAAACCCAAGUUCGCGCGCGCCCCCAUCAAGGAAGCCGGUCGCGUGGCCUACCUCGGCGAGUCUUCAAACCUAUCUCUCCUCGUCCAGGAUCGCCACGGGACUACCGACGUCGUCCACUAUCCGCUCCCCGAGAAUGUGCGAGGCGCACGAGCACGCGUGGAUGAGCUGGACCAGGUCGAGAUUGAUAUCCUGCACCAACGCGGCGCCUUCUUGCUCCCACCCCGUGCGCUUUGCGAUGAGCUGGUCGAAGCUUACUUUCAGUGGAUUGCGCCCAUCGUACCGGUGAUUAAUCGUUCCAAGUUCAUGCGUCGGUAUCGCGAUACCAAGAAUCCGCCUUCCCUGCUUCUCCUGCAGGCAAUCCUCCUGGCGGGCUCGCGUGUCUGUUCCAACCCACAACUCAUGGAUGCAAACGGCUCGACCACCCCUGCGGCCAUGACUUUCUACAAGCGAGCAAAGGCUUUGUUCGAUGCGAAUUACGAGGAUGACCGGGUGACUAUUGUUCAGGCAUUGAUUUUGAUGGGCUGGUAUUGGGAAGGUCCUGAAGACGUCACCAAAAACGUCUUUUACUGGAGUAGAGUGGCCGUUAUUGUCGCACAAGGCUCUGGCAUGCAUCGAAGCGUGGAAGGAUCUCAACUUAGCAGAGCAGACAAACGCCUGUGGAAGCGAAUAUGGUGGACGCUCUUCACCCGCGACCGCUCUGUUGCUGUCGCACUCGGCCGACCAUGCUGCAUCAACAUCGAGGAUUCGGACGUGGAGAUGAUCACCGCCGACGACUUUAUCGAUGAUGAGGGCGAUCGGCCGGCUGAAUACCACCCGGACCCGAUUCACGUACAAUUCUACCUCAACUACGUCAAGCUGUGCGAGAUUAUGGGGCUAGUGCUCGCGCAAAACUACUCGGCCAACUCCAAGGCCCGAGGCAAUAACGCUCUAGACCUGAUGUCGAGCGAUAUGGCAUUGGCCGACUGGCUGAAGAACUGUCCGCCCGAGGUGAUGUGGGAGCCACAUCGCCAUCACUUCUGGUCUGCUCUGUUGCAUGCCAACUACUACACCACCCUGUGUCUUCUUCACCGAGCGCACAUGCCACCAGCUGGGACAGCCGAGUCGCGUAACGGAUUCGCUGAAGAGACGGCAUAUCCUUCGCGGACCAUCGCCUAUCAGGCCGCAGGGAUGAUAACGUCAAUCAUCGAAGCUCUGCAACAUCACGAUCAGUUGCGCUUCACUCCCGCGUUUAUUGUGUACAGCUUGUUUUCCGCCUUGAUCAUGCACGUUUACCAGAUGCGCUCCUCAAACCAGUCCAUUGUCGCCGCUACCCAGACGCGAUUAAACACGUGCAUGACGGCGUUGCGCGACGUGUCGAAAGUCUGGCUGGUCGCCAAAAUGGUCCACACACUCUUCGAAUCGAUCCUGGGGAACAAGGCGUUUGAAGAGCGGCUUCAGAGAGCGGCGGGACGACGCCAUACCAAGAAAAAGGGUGUCAACGGCGCCAAAGCCAAGGACUCGCCGCCGCCCAGCAAUGGAACCGCGGACGCCCAGAAGAAACGGAAGUUUGAAGACAUGGAAUUCGGAUAUUCCAACGGUCCGCCCGCGCCGCAAAUGUCGUAUGAGAGAUCGCGACCGCAAAGCCCCGCCGCUCCGGAAAUGCCACGGUCGUCGGGGCUCAGUCCAUCCCCCAAACAAGGCGAUACACUGCUCGGCACAUCUCGAGCAGGCAGCCGAGCCAUGACCCCCUUCAAUACCAACAUCUUCUCCUACCCCGGCACGCCUCCCGACUUGUUCCUCCACACCCGCAACUCGCCCAAAAUCUCCGAAGACCUCUGGCAAAACUACCAGCCCGGCCAGCUCUUUCCCCCGGAAGCGAACGAAAUGUUUCCCGGACAAGGCAUGGUCGUCGACCCGGCGCUGGUCGAUAAUUCGGCUUCUGCCGACGGCGGUCAGCGUCAAUACACGCCUUCCGGCCUCUCUUCUCAAGCGCCCGCCAACACCGACCCCUCCACCUUCCGCCAACAGCUCCAAAUGUACUCUCAGCAACAGCAGCAGCAACAGCAACAGCAACAGCAACAGACCCAAGAUCCGAACGGCUGGAACCAGCUGCCCACCACCAUGGCUGGUGCGGCGGGCGGUCAGCAACCCGACGACCAGUGGAGCACGAGCAGCAGUGCUGGUGGGCCUGUCGUGCCCACGACGCUGAACAUCGGGGACUGGUUUGAGUUUUUCGGGAUUGGGAAUGGCGAUUUGGCGUCGAUGAAUUUGAGUGGUUUGGAGGGGGUUUAUGGGUGA